GGUCUUUUUUUCCCCUCCUCCCUCAGCCUGGAGAUAAAGUUUCUCGCUUUCUCGACAGGGUGGGUGUUUUUAUCCAGCCACCGCUUCGUUUAACUGCACCCAGUUGAACCCAGCUGAGGUGAUUCAGAGGCUGCUGGGUGAAGGGAAAGGGUGAGAAGAAGGUGGAUUGAAUUCCAUCGGAGCAGCAUCCCAAACAGCGGCGGCCAGCUGCGUUUCUGGACUGUCACAUCUGUGGUUGUUGUCGUCGCUGUCCAUGGUGCUGAACCCGAGCUCCAGGAAUGGUGGAGACGCUGAGUAUCGCAGUCAUCGGUGCUCCCGGAGUGGGGAAAACUUCUAUAAUCCGCCAGUUCAUCUAUAACGAUUUCUCGGAGGUGUACACGCCGACCAGGACCAGAUAUGUGUACAGACCCUCCGUCAUCCUGAACGGGAACAUGUAUGAGCUAAAGAUCCUGGACGUCCCGCCAAUCUCCUCCUUUCCAUCCAGCUCCAGUCAGGAGUGGCUGGAUUUGCGCUGCAGAGGUGUUCGCAAUGCCAACGCCUACAUCCUGGUGUACGACAUCUGCUGCGUGGAGAGCUUUGAAUACGUCAAGAUGAUCAGACAGCAGAUAGUGGAGUACAGGGAAGGCAGCAGCAGUGAGGUGCCAAUCCUGGUGGUGGGCACCAAGAGAGAUCUGCAGCGGCAGCGCUUCAUGCCUCGCAGGGCGGUGUCAGUCCUGGUGAAAAAGACCUGGAAGUGUGGCUAUGUGGAGUGCUCAGCCAAGUUUAACUGGCACGUCGUCCUGCUCUUCAAAGAGCUGCUGGGCAUCGCUGUGUCACGCGGCAUGCGCGGGAACCACACCGCCAUCCGCCUGCAGGGGGCGCUGCAGAGGAACCGCUGCAGCAUCAUGUGACCCCGAGUGCUCCCUCCAGCCCUCUCACCUCAGGAGUGGAGGGGCGGUGGAGAAGAAAAACUGGACUUUUGAUCGAAAUGGCUGGAAAAAUACCCUGUGGCCUCCUGCUUUACUGAGCUGAUUUUUCAUAAUGAGGUUUAUUAGUCUCUUGCGCUGUAAAAGACACCCAAAUUUCACACAUAGUCAUCCAACCACUUCCUAGUCAGAUUCUGCCAAAUGUGUAAAUGCAAGGAAGGAAGUAGGAUAGAAAGCAAGUGAAAACCAAUAUGAAUAGCAAACACAGUUAUUUUUUCACUCUCACUUCCAGGGGGAGUAUUUCAAUAUGUGUAGAUAUGGUUUUUAAUUUUAGAUUCUGAGAAGUUGCCUGCAUUUUUUUUUCCCUUUGAUUUCCCUGUAUUAAACUUGGCCUACAGAGAAAGCUGUUUGUUCAGACGAAAGGGAUUUUAAGGUUGUCUUGCUGCAGAAAAUGCUGCAGUCCCUAUCACGAUGUGGGCUUUAAUAUGCUCCCUCCCCUUACUCAGUGUCUGUUUCUGAAGAAUACAUUCAAUCCAGGGAACUGCAGGAGGCUGCAGAGCCUGAAACGAGAACCUGUACACGCAUUGUAGAUGCAUACAUGUGUGUGUGUGUAUGUGUGUGAGUAUAUGUAUGUGUGAAGGAGAGACAGAGAGAGGCACGUUUGAUAGCUGACAUUCAGGCAAGCAAAGGACAGACACGGCAAGACUAACGACUGAUGUAGAAUCUGGAUUAGGGAGGAGCAAUAAAAUCUCACAUGUCCUGACUGACUAUAUGUAUUCCCACAUUAUACUAAAAAUGCCUCACGUAUAGUAGACGUAAUCCUCUCACUCCGAUAUCCUGCAGAUAUAAGGAAGCAGAGCUUAGUGACUUCCAUAAAACAACCCAUGAGUGUAACACAGACACACAGGGAACCUUGAAAAAGCUUUCAUAUCAGUAUGUCAAUAGUAUCCAAUUGGUAAUGUUGUGAGAUGAACAGUUGCUUUUUCAUUUGAUUAUACCUAGUUAGGCAGUCUGUGAACAUGGCUGCACUGAAAGUAAGCAGACCUAUUGUAUAUAAGAGUGAUUCAUGGAGUAAUUGACUUGCAUGCUUUUGUUGGUAGAGCCAACGGGUCAGGGUUCAAUUGCACUGAUGUGAAAAUGUAAUAUUGUGAUUAAUUUUUGUAAUACAUGGUUUUCUGACACUGUAAUGAGCAGCUGAGCGGAGUGAAUGUGGUUGUUUUUCAAUGGCAUGCGAGAGCACCAGCUCAUGAUUCUCUCAAAGAUGUAGUGCACCCUUCAUCAGGGCAGAUGGCUGUGUUAGUUUUUUGUUUAUUUUUUUCUAGUAAAAAAAAGAAAUAUGUAGCAGCAACUGUGUGUAGCAUGAGUUCUCAUCAGUUUGUCUGUGUGCACGUUUCCUAAUAAAAAGGGCUACCGUUUUUUUAUCAGAAACGUUACUUAUAUUUAUUUUUAUUGUGUAAUAAGUACUGUGAGUAUUUUUUUUAACAUAAUGAAACAUUAAAUGCUU